AUGUUUCAGGCGUACACGCGCAGCUUCAAGACAGUCGGCCUUUCGUUGCCGGCGGUAUCAACCACGCAGGAGGUCUGCAAGGGUGACUCUUUCACCUGCCUGAACUCCCGGUGCAUCUGGAAUGGCUUCAGCUGCGACGGGAAGAAUAACUGCGGUGAUGACAGUGACGAGAAAUACUUCGUCAAUUCCAUGUGCAUCAUGCCGAUGGCUGCCUUGGUUCUCAUUGUGACUGGAAUCUUUGUCAUCGUUACCUCGCUUCUGAUGAUCUGCUACUGUAUGAUGAGACUGCGAACCACGAUACAGAAAAAUAUGGAAGAGGAGAGGGCCAACCGUGCCCGCAAAAAGGACUCGUUGUCCGAGGGUCCGUACUCGGAGUUCGUGGACACGUACGGCUCGCAGCUUCCCAAGCCUCCGCUCAUGUCCGGCGCGUACCAGCCGAGCGGCGACCACACGACCGGGCCGUACACUCGAAGGUCCUCCACGUUUCCCCGGAGCAACUCCAUCAAGGGGAGGUUGGAAGUGUCCCUGUACAGGCGUCCCUACGAGUGA